UAUAAAAAAAAAACAUUUGUCAAUGUCAUACUUGUCGGAUUUGUAUUUUUACAUGCGUUUUAUUUUAAAUUGAUUAAAUUAAAAUUGUUUUACUUAUAACUGAUAUUCACACACAUUAUCAAUAAUGAAUUCUCUAAAGGCAAACAUGUCGCCCAGCUUCAAAAAUAUAGUCCCUAAGCCCAAGCAAUCACCUAUAGAACUAAAAGAAAAAUUGCGAAAGAAUUACAAAAUCAAAGUACAAAAAUGCCGUGGUGCUUUGAUAGACAGGUUGCGUGGAUCUCUUGAUGAAAAGGAACUAUGCGGUAAACUAACUGAAAUAUAUGCAAAUGAAUGUAAUGAUCAAAUUAUUGAUAACGAAGAAUUAGAACUGCUUGAAGAAAUACGGAAAGAACUUAUCCAAGAAGAAUUGGAUUGGUGGAUCAAGCAGUAUGAGACAUCUCACUUAGAUGAUAUUGAUUGGUCAGCUUUAGAAGAAGAAAAUAGUGUGAUAUGUCCUAUAUGUCUUAAAAAUAAUUUUACCUUCGAAAAUAAUAAUAACCUUUGCUGUACUAGUUGUAAUAUUUCAUUCAAAACAGACAUGUCAUUAUUAGAUGUUAAGAAAUCAAUUGAAGAUUCAUUAGAAAAACACAAUUUGGCUUGUAGUAGAGAAGCGCAAUUUACUAUUAUUCCUGAUACAGAAGAAAUACACAUGUAUAUUUUUUGUGAAUUUUGUAAGGAGAUGAAGUGUGUGAUAUAAUUUUGUUUGUUGAUAAUGGUCAAGCAGGAUUACAGUUCUUACAUAUAAGCUAACAAUGCUGGAAAGAAAGGACACUAAACUAAAUAACAAUAAUCUGAAAAUUGUCAGCAUAUGUUCUAGUCUACUCAUUAGGCAGAUUACACAAGAAGGAAUGUCUUAAAUACAAGUCAGUCAAAAACGUGGACAUGAAUACCCUUAAAUUUUGAAUGCCACUACCUUUUAGCAUGAUUUAUAAAACAUUUUCCUGUUAUCACAGCAAUAAGAUACAUAAGUUUUAUAAACAAUAAUUGACCAUUAUGUAGAUCUGAGUAUCUUAAUUCAUAAUAGUAUUUUUCACUAGGCAUGCAUAGGUAAUCUUAGGCUAUUCUAGUUAUUUAAACUCUUGUCUUGUGUCCAGUCUAUAGAUAAAUUGUCGUAGAAUGUUGUCACUACAGACUGAUGGGUAAUCCAUUCCUUUCUACAGUAUGAGAUGGUGAUUGGGAGGCUAAUAUUGUUGUGUGAUAAUAAUUAUUUUUACAGUGAUUUAAUCUGAAUAAAAAUCCUCACGGGAGUCUAUCUAUCUCGCUCACACUUUGCCGCUCUACACAAAACCGCUGGCGGGCCCCUCGGGCGGCGUGCUUUAUAAUUUCCCAUACAUGUUUUGUUCUUGCUACUUGCCGCGCCGAACCAAGUCGCCACUCAAACUUAGUGGCUAGGUCCUUAGGCAUAAUAUUUUCAAAAUAUAUCGUUCUUAAUGCACAUAACACACCAAAGUCGCCGCGUUACCGGUAGCGCUACAUUUAAAUAACAUUAUUUCUGUAGUUUAAGAUGGAUCAUUAAUUUAGUACAUCCAUGCCACCGAGGUAUGACUACGUGGCCUGUACAAGGGCAAGCCGCAUACAAGAAUCUAUGAAAUAAAAUUGGCGGACUCAGUGUGUAAAGUGUAUUUAAAUGUGAUUAUACUUCCACACAGCUAAAAGGAUACUAUAUUUAAUGGAAAAAUAGCUUCGUCGAACAGUAUAAAAUAUAUGAAACCACCGAUUUCAAUACAAUUGAAUUGUUUCGAUCUUAGGUGUAUUUUUGAUAAAUUCUUACCAUUUGAUUUUAUUAAUGUGAUAUUUCCCUUUAUUAGUUUUUCGAUACAUGCCUAUGUACAUGAGAAUUAUAAUUUCGUUUCUAAUAUAAAAUGUUUCCAAAAU